ACGUUUUCCACGUAUACGCCCGUACGUGCAUAUUUGUUUUGAUUCGUUCUGUUUUGCAACGAUGCGCGGUUGUGCACAAAAAUUAAAGUAAAAAAGUAGUCCCAGCUGCACUCUACACUAAUUAGUCACAAAAGUGGAGGGGAAACGUUGUUAAAAAAAUAGCAAAACACAUAAAAUGGAUAUAAGUGCAUUUUCCGGCGAUGAUUUCGAUGUCAGCAGUUGGAUCAACGCAUCGUACGAUCGAUCGCAACGGACGGCCAAGGGAUCCGCCGGCAAGGAAGCGUUCGUAUCGUCGCUCGUCUCUAAGAUGCAGCUGUACGUGCAGCAGAUCAACGUCGCCCUCGAACAAACGGGCGGCCAAGUGUUGAAAAACAUCCCGAAGGUGAUUAGCGACACAAGCAUGCUGCAGAUCGAGUCGAGCCUGCUGAAGCAGCGCAUGAAUCAGGUGCAGCGUGAAAUAGCCCAUCUCCAGACGGAAACCGGUGACUGUAUGGUGAGCCUCGAGCGGUUGGACAGCAUCAAGCAGCGGCUGCAAAGCUCCAAGCAGUGCCUGCAAGAGGCGGACGGAUGGGGCAAGUUGGCCGGUGAGCUGGAGGACUUGCUGGAAAAGUCCGACGUCGAGGCGUCCAGUGGAAAGCUGCUGUCGUUGCAGAAAUCGCUCGCAGCGCAGGUUGCGUUGCAUGGGCACGCGGAACGGGAGAACCAGGUGGAAUAUUUCAAAAACCGGCUCGAAGCGCUCGUUAGCCCUGCGGUUGUGGUAGCGCUGCGCUCGAUGGACACGGAGGCCUGUCGGCGUUAUGUGCGCAUUUUCGAAGGUAUCGAUCGGCUGGCACAGCUGAAGCAGUACUAUCGCACCGUGCUGAAAGCCUUCGUGCAGGAUCAGUGGGCCGGUGCGAUCGAGGCCAGCGAAAGCGGUGGGUCGGACGUGUUGAAGGAAUUUUACGACAAUUUGCUAGAGCUGCUCAAGAACCAUCUACGCUGGAACUGCCAGUGCUUCGGCGAAGCUACGGACUGUGUUUUGGCUGUAGCGGAAGCGCUGGAAAAUCUCGAUCCAACGCGCGAGAGUAUCGUGCGCAGUGCGCUCAAACGAGCCACGGACAAGUUCUGGACGUUGACUCAAUUUUCCAAGGUGAACGUUUCGAUGGGAUCGCUGAUCGAGGGAUGGGUACGGGGCGGGCCACAGCAAGACAUUCGGUGCGAGGACGAGAGCGUCAUCGAGCGCCUAGCAAGCUCGCUGUUCGCGUUCUUUGGCAUUUUCCUGAAGGAGUAUCCGACGCUGGAAAACACCCAUCUGGAGACGGCUUUGCAAAGUUUAACGAUCGUCGGUACCGCGCCAGCCGACAGUGUGCACAACCUGGAAAGUGCCAAUGCUAAAAUCAUCCGCUGGGCUACGGAAGCAAUGACACGCUGCCAGGACAUCACGCAAAACUGUGCCCUGCUGUCUGUGGGAAGCGUGCUGCAGAACUAUCUGCUCUCCUACCUGGAUCAGUACAACAAGGUGCAGAAGCAGCUGGCGGCCAGUCAGCCCAAUCAAACCGACUGGAAUCUGCUGCAGCUGAGCGUAGUUCUGCUACAGUACCUCGGAACAUUCCGCCAGGCGGUACACGACCUCGAGCAAACGUUCAUCGAGCACGUGCAAGUGAAGCACGCUCAGCUAGUGGCGAAUCAGUCUCGAGCACGGUUCGAAUAUCGUCUGCACACAAAGGGCGAGGUUAACGAGCUGCGCAAGCUGGUCACCGCAUUCCAGGCAUCGUCCGAACCGACUCGGGAGUUUUUCACCGAGUUUCAUUCGCGCAUGAAGCGUACCUGCGAGGACAUUCACGACACGAUGCUGCAGAUUGCGUUCUCGCCCAUCACCAAACACUUCAAGCAGAUUGAACCCAUGUCCAGCAGCAGCCCGGCAGGCGCAACGGCUGGGUCGGCCGCGAUGGACGCACUGCCCGAUUACAGCUAUGCGCCACAGGAGUACAUCACGCUGAUCAGUCAGUAUUUGCUAACGCUUCCGCAGCACCUCGAACCGCUGCUCCUCUCACCGGCCGGCGUACUGAAAGCGGUGCUGGAAGUGGCCGAUCACCGGUACGCCUCCAGCCGGCCCUGUGCCGACGUUUUUCUUGCGCUCGUCGUGGAAGAAUCGGAAGCACUGUACGUGGAACAGAUCGAAAACAUUUGCUCGCUGAAUGCGUCCGGUGCGAAACAGUUGGCAACGGAUAUUGAGUACUUCGGCAGCGUCCUGGAAGAGAUGGGCCAAUCGCUGGGAGCGAAUCUGCAACAGACGGUAAAGCUUCUGAGAGCGCCAUUAGAUUCCUACGCUUCGACAGCGACGGGAUGCGAUCCGGAGCUGGUGGCUGCGAUACGCCAAAAGCGCAAUCUGAUGUCCUGUUGAGGGAGUAAAUGUGGGAGUGUUAAAUAAAGCAUAAACGCAUACAUAAAUACGACGCUUACGGUUGUGUACAAUCAAUCGAAACAGCCGUCGAAUACACGCAAUGAAAUUACGGUGAGUUUUAUUAGUUUUUCCACAUUGUGCGCGGCGACUCACUCAUCAUACUCAUUCUCAUUCGCGCUACAAUGUUGGCCGCCGUGGUUUAGUUGUAGUGGUAUUUACAUUUACAUUUAAUCUUCAUCCAUUACAUCUCGACAUUAAAAUUCGACGACGAUCAUAUAAAAUAGUCUACGCGCGCGUUCGUGUGACACAUGUACAGUGAAUUAUUGUUCAUGCAAACUUAGUUAAAGCAACUGAACUGUGACUUGCGUUGAAAUGUGGGAGCUCUAGCGUUGUCGCGCCGGACGUGCCCUCAUUUAAUUCGUUACAACAAUAAAUUACUAAAAAGUAACAUAAUUCUACCGAAAAAAGGUAUGACAACGGAAGCACUCGUUCGUCCCUACUUCCAUCUGCUCGCGGCGGAACCACCCGGUGAAAUUCACGCUUCACCCACUGCUACUAAUGCUCCUACCAUUGGCUACAAAUUUAAUAUUGUAAACUCAAGCUUAUCGAUGCCAAAGUAAGUUGAUGCGUGAAAAGCUAACAAACCGUACGCCGACACAACAACAAAUGGCUUCAAAUAAAGCGAAACGAUGGUAGAUUUUCG